AUGGAUAUGUUAGAUGGGCGGUUCUGUGAUGACGACGAUGAUGACGACGAUGUUGCGCUAGGUCCCCCAGGAAGGGCAGGUUUUCCGGGUGCUGGAGAUGAUGGUGACACUGUAGUGGACAAUAAUGAAGGUCUCGUUGCAUCGUCGUUCGUAACCCGCCGAAACGACGUAUCCAAAGUAGGGGAUCGACUACUUGGACCUAAAGAUGGGACACGGAGCCGCUCCUGGCCAACAGGUGGUGAAGAUCUUCGUGAAGUAGAUCCCGAAUUUAAAGACGAAUUAGGACCUGAGGGUGCCCGUUUCACGGGUGAAAGUGUUCGCCUGUUCAUAAUGGAGUCAUUCCUUGGAGAACGACCACCGCGAUACGGGCUCCUGGAUCGACCUGCUGGGCGGCCGUAUGAGUCACGUUCUUUGAAUGUUGAUCGUGAAGGUGAUGGACCAUCUCUAGGCCUAUCACGUGGUGGUGAUGGUAGUCGUUCCCUUCUGGGUGACCUUGGAAUAUACCGGGGGGGGAUCGGCUGCGAUAUCUCUCUGAGGGAUAGCUGCCUCGAGGUACCCACGUAUCAGCCCCCAUUCGCGGAGACCUAUUUCGAGGAGGAGGUGAGCGUGGCCGCCGUAUACGACUUCGAGAGCGCGAGCGAGAAUGUCUAUUUGAGGGACGAUAACUUUCGCCGCCCCGACGCUCUUCAAACCUCAUAUUGA